UCUAAGCAAGAGUUGGGAAGAGUUACCUCCCUUAGAGUUUUCAAGAUGGGUAGCCUGACAGAAGUUCUUGAGUGUUUGUCUGUGUUUUUAAAGACAGUGCUGCAGCCUGACGUCAGUGAUGACUUUGACUUGAAGAGUUUGUUGAAGGUGUCCCGAGACCCACGCUUGUCCGUGGAGGAUGUACUGCAGUCUGUGGGGAAGCUCGUGGGCCAGUUGCAGACACUCCAUGUACAACUCGCAAACAAGAUAAAGCAGGAUAAAGAAGAUAGAACAGAGGAGGCAAACAAAGACAUGGAAAUAGAAGUCUCACGAGGAACAGCAACCUUGGAAAGUCCAGUUCUAGUGUCGGAUCCUGCUGCAGGAACUACACUUACAGAUCCACCUGUUGUUUCCAUGGUUACAGGCACUGGCUCGGAUAUGUCAGAAUCAGUCCCUCUGUCAAAGAGUGAAUGUAGAAAGACUGACGUACUGUCUGUAAAUGUAACAACGAUCAGCCCCCUUAAUGUGCAGAUCAAGGCAUCCAGGGCAGAAGUUGAGAGGAGGAUGUGUGCGUUCAUCGAGAAGAAGCAGAGCGAGGUGAACCAGCAGAAUAACCGGGAGUUCUGUAGUGUCAUCCGCUUUGAGACAGAGGUUGAGUCUUCUUGUGCCAGGACGGAUGCUGUGUUUGUGCCACGUGCAGGGUGCAAGAGUCACAUCAAGAUAUCUCGAGUUGUCAAUCCAUAUGGACCACAGACAAGACUAAGGCCAGAAGGACCCCGACACAGACUGGAUGUGAACCUGAAGUCCCAGUCAUGUGGCCUUGAUGAAAGGAUAAAGAAUGUUGAAGCUCACUUAAAUUUACCGUCAACAGAUGGAUCCAAGUCGGAUGUUUACAACAGACUGAAAGCACUGGAAGACAGAAUAUUAUUCCUUGAAGGAUUGUCUCCAGAAUAUUUUCAAAAUGUUCCAGGGCCAAAAAGACAGAAAGUAGAAGCCCCUGCUAUGGAGAAAGACCCGCUUCAGGAAAUGAGUUUGCAAGAUAUAGAUGAUAGAAUACAAGCCCUCCAGUCGUCCCUGAAGAUGAAGAGAGCUGGUACAGGAUGGCUGCAUUAACACAGCAGCAGCAUCACCACCACAACAUGGUGGCCAACGCUCAUGUACCUCCUUGUUUUGUUAUUGAUGGAUAAACAUUCAUACAAA